AUGAAGUCGGCCAGUGUUAUAGUAGGAGAGCCCGCAGGGCCUCACGAGACGGCGCCACGGCGCAACUCCAAGUGCCCGGAUGCGGUCGUGGAGCGGCCGCUGGGGUUCAGCUGCAACACGGUAUAUGAGUUUGCGUUGGAGGCGAUGGAGCGCGGCGGGCGGCAGCGCGCGAUGGGGUGGCGGGAGACGGUGGAGAUCCACGAGGACCGCAAGAUGGUGACGAAGGUGGUGGACGGCAAGGAGACGGAGGUGGAGAAGACGUGGUUGUACUACGAGAUGGGCCCGUACCAGUACGUGACGUACGACCAGCUGCACGUGGAGAUGCACGACUACGGGCGGGGGAUGGUGAAGAUGGGGCUCCAGCCGGGCGGCGAGGACCGCUUGCACAUUUUCGGCGCGACGUCGCACCGGUGGAUGCGGACGUUCUUGGCAGCGCAGUCGCAGGCCAUCACGGUGGUGACGGCAUACGACACGUUGGGCGAGAGCGGCUUGAUCUACUCGCUCCAGCAGACGGGGUCGAAGGCGAUCUUCGUGGACAACAACCUCUUGGAGAAGUUGGUGAAGCCGGUGCAGGAGAUCCCGGACUUGAAGUACGUGAUCCACGCGGACCCGCUCGACCCGGAGGACAAGCGCUACGGCGGCCGGAUGUACUCUGACGCGCAGAAGGCGAUCGACCGCAUGAAGGAGGUUCGGCCGGACAUCGAGGUUUACAGCAUGGACGAGGUCGUGGAGCUCGGAUCGCUCUGCCGGGACUCGAUUUUUGUGCACCGGCCACGCAAGAAGGACCUUGCGUGCAUCAUGUACACCUCGGGCUCGACAGGUGACCCGAAGGGUGUGUCGUUGACCCACGCUAACAUCGUGGCGGGCAUUGGCGGUGUUUCCGUUGUGAUCAACCGCGCGAUUGUGAAGCCUGACGAUCGUGUCAUCGCGUUCUUGCCGCUUGCGCAUAUUUUUGAGCUUGUGUUCGAGUUGACCUGUCUCUACUGGGGCGCCUUAAUUGGCUACGGCUCCGUCAAGACGUUGAGCGAGGCUUCGGUCCGCAACUGUAAGGGCGACAUGAAGGAGUUCCGGCCGUCCGUCAUGGUCGGUGUCGCAGCUGUCUGGGAGGGUGUCAGGAAGGCUAUUGUUGCGCAGGUCACUAAGUUGCCUCCGUUCAAGCAAAAGAUAUUCUGGGCGGCCUACCACACCAAGCUACGCAUGAAGAAGUGCCACAUUCCAGGCGGCGAUCUAAUAGGAAGCAUGAUCUUUAAGAAGGUGCGUGAGACCACUGGUGGCAACCUUCGCUACAUCUUGAAUGGUGGCUCUCCAUUGUCGCGGGAUACGCAAGUUUUUAUUUCCAACUUGAUUUGCCCCGUGUUGAUUGGUUACGGCUUAACGGAGACUGUGGCGAAUGGCUGUAUAGUGCCUCCACACCACUUCAAGUACGGGGUUGUGGGAGACAUUCUUGGUUCUCUAACGGUCAAAUUGGUCGAUGUCGAGGAGCUCGGCUAUCUUGCCAAGAACAACCAGGGUGAGCUCUGGGUCAAGGGCCCCGCCGUGUUUAAAGACUACUUGCAGAACGAGGCCGAGACCGCUGCCGCUUUGGAAGACGGGUGGUUCAAGACUGGUGACAUUGCCGAAUGGACGAAGAAGGGUCAAUUGCGUUUGAUCGACCGUAAGAAGAACCUUGUCAAGACGUUGAAUGGUGAAUACAUCGCUUUGGAGAAGUUGGAGUGCAUCUACAGAUCCAACAAGUAUGUGGCCAACAUCUGUGUCUAUGCUGACCAGACCAAGGUCAAGCCAAUUGCGAUUGUGGUUCCAAACGUCAAUGCUGUCACCGAUUUGGCCAUCUCAUUGGGGUUGAUCAAGGACGGUUGCGAGGUACGUGAUGUUUAUGAUAGCAAAAAGUUGAAGAAGGUGAUCUUGGACGACAUGCAUAAAACUGCCAAGGGCCAGGGAUUGGGUGGUAUUGAGUUGAUUCUUGGGUUCGUGAUCUUCGAUGAUGAGUGGACCCCACAGAAUGGCUAUGUCACCUCUGCGCAGAAGCUACAGAGAAGAAAGAUCUUGUCUGCAGUGCAGUCAGAAGUUGACGCACUAUAUGCCGCGAACUCUUAA